CAGCCAUGUUGGCGGCAAGAUAGUUGUGCCGGCUCCCUACAUCUUCCAUUUCUUCUUUUCCAGCUGACUGCAUCUCCAACUUGAUUUCAGUCCUUGACUUGGACAUUGCACGAUGGCUGACUGGUACGCAACGGCCCUGAAAAACGCCAAGUUCAAGGCCUUGGACGAGAACAAGCCAUUAGAUGCACCCGAUUUCCUCGCUCAGCUGCUUCAGAAAGACCUCAUCACGAAAGUGCAGGAUAUGGAGCUGAAAGCAAAAUCGACAUACAGGGAUAAGAUUGACGGAGCCUUCAACGUCCUCUUUGUGAAAAAUCCCGAACCGACAUACAUCAAGCUUCAAAUGAUUCUGAAGGAAUUGAAUAGGGAAGACAUCAUGGAUCAGGUGGGGAUCAAGUCGGAAUUGGACGUGGAGACUCAUGCCCAGUACCUGGCACAGCAGGCCAUGAACACGGGAAUCAACUACGAAGCCAUGGCAGAACAAAUCGGGAGGGCAAUGAGCGUUGCACACGGAGGGAUUUGGUGCUGUUUGGUCGUCGAAGGGACGUGUGGCUGUUUUGUCGGCGAAGACGUCAGGAGCAGGAUCACCUUCACCCUAGAUGAUAAACACAUCAUAAUUUGGGAAAGCGCGUCGCAUUAAGCAAUGAUGGCUGGAGACUUAUAGAGUAUAUGUCUCAUGAAG